GUUUGGUUGUUGUUGGAGAUUUCAGGCAAAGUAAACAAACUCACAAAGGCAGGUCGGAUUUUAUUAUCUCCCUUAUAUGAUAUGUCGUCUGCCUGAACAAACACUUUUUAAAACAAAGUGACUUUCUCUUCCGUCCGAGUUCAAGUACAUGUACCGGGUAUUCCAAGUGUACUAUUAACAAUCUGCCAUGGGUAUCCAUAACACCAGUCAUUACACCAGUAAGUUGUAAUCGUAUCUAUUAUCAUCUUUGACAAAUCAGUUACUUGGUCCAAUGUGUGUGGCAGUGGUUUCCAAACAGUUCCUUCAUUGUGAAUGACUGGUUUCCAAACGGCUCCUUCGUUGUGAAUGACCGUGGUUUCCAAACAGUUCCUUCAUUCUGAAUGACCGUGGUUUCCAAACAGUUCCUUCAUCCUGAAUGACAGUGAUUUCCAAACAGUUCCUUCAUUGUGAAUGACUGUGAUUUCCAAACAAUGUUUUGGCGCCACUAUAAAUCACGAAUGAAUAAUUUUGGUUUUAAAAAUCGUGAUGACAUUCUACUUCAUAAAAUGAUGUAGGCGAAUAUGUAACCAAUAUUCACCCUAUAAAUGUAUUAUUUUUAAUUUGUAAUCAUUGAAAUUAUACUCUUCAUUUCCCAACACUUUUUUAAUUCACAUUUUAAGAUAAUUAUAAGUGUAAGGCUCAAAUGGAGCAGCUGCCUUUGAAUGGACAUGAAUGAGUUAUUAACAAUAUGGGAUUAAAUUAUACUCUUCAUUUCCCAACCCACCCUUGUAAGUGACACCCCCCCCCCCCAAACAAACCCUUGCCCCAGUUUGGAACAUACCUAACACAUCUUUAGAGCUUAUACUUUGCGAUAAUAGUUUUGAAUCAAACAUUUACUUUUUGUUAAAUUAUAAAAACAAUCCUGUUAGGGUUAUACUGAUACUUGACCUUCCACUUGGUGUGCUGCAUAUUGUAAUGAAAGAUGCUAAACUGAUUAGGGUCAAUUAUUGUUAGGCCAUUAAAAACAUGUAAGAACCACUUUAGUGUUCAAUAAAUGAAAUAAACUGAAUUGCUUAUAUGUCAUUAUGUGUAUAAAAGUUCAAUAAUUUUAUGAAUGUGACAUUUUUUGGUGUCCAUUGAUAAGGCUUAUUACAGACUUCUUGGUGUCCAUUGGUAUAGCUAGGCAGACUUUUUGGUGACCGUUGGAAUAGCUAGACGGACUGUUUGGUGUCCAUUGGAAUAGCUAGACAGACUGUUUGGUGUCCAUUGGAAUAGCAAGACAGACUUCUUUAUGUAAAUUGGUACAGUUAGAUAGACUUCUUAUUGUCCACAGAUAUAGCUAGACAGACUUCAUAGUGUCCACGGAUAUAGCUAGACAGACUUCUUAGUGUCCAUUGGCAUAGUUAGACAUAUUUCUUAGUGUCCAAAGAUAUAAUUAGACAGACUCUUAGUGUCCAAAGAUAUAAUUAGACAGACUCUUAGUGUCCACUGGCAUAGGUAGACACAUUUCUUAGUGUCCAAAGAUAUAAUUAGACAGACUCUUAGUGUCCAUUGGCAUAGGUAGACAUAUUUCUUAGUGUCCAAAGAUGUAAUUAGACAGACUCUUAGUGUCCACUGGCAUAGGUAGACAUAUUUCUUAGUGUCCAAAGAUGUAAUUAGACAGACUCUUAUUGUCCACUGGCAUAGGUAGACAUAUUUCUUAGUGUCCAAAGAUGUAAUUAGACAGACUCUUAGUGUCCAUUGGCAUAGGUAGACAUAUUUCUUAGUGUCCAAAGAUAUAAUUAGACAGACUUUUAGUGUCCACUGGCAUAGGUAGACAUAUUUCUUAGUGUCCACUUAUAUAGCUGAAUACUGUUGUUUUCUGGCCAGGGGUAUUUUAGACGUCAUUUCCUACAAAUCAACAUAAUUUUAAACGGGGUUAUUUUUCUGUGUGCUCAUAGUUGUCUGACUGACCCUUAAGUCCCCCUUCACUCAGAUGGAAGAUAAGGGGAUUGCCUCCCUUCUGAGGGGAGGGGGACUUAAGGGUCAGUUAGUAAGUUUUAAUAUGUCGGGGGGGGGGGGGGUUUUUAACCCGGAAGAAUUUUAGUGGUUCCACUGUGUAUUAAAAAUAUGUGCUGCAUAACUUUUCCUCACUCCAAAAAAAAAAAAAAAAACGGAGACAUUUUACUACUUGAAGCCAUGUAAAAUUCUUUCAGUUCUUAAGUCAUGUGAUCUAAGGCUUGGUGAUAGAUGAUGAAGUACAGUUUGUCAGUUUGUACAUGAUAAUAUGAAGUAAGAACAUAUUGAAACUCCUUUAUCAAGGUUGGCUAUAUUGUUUGGCUUUGAUCAUAAGAAAUGUUUUCCUUGUCAUGAUCAGUGUCUUUAAACUAAAACAAAAGUUACAAAAUCUUCAAAAACGUUGACUAAUUCCAUCACAUCAACAAAAUAAAACAUUUGAAGAAAUUUGGUAGAUUAUUUUUUUAUAUCGGCACUUGAGACACAAUGAUUUGUCAGGGAAAGGUUUCAGAUAUUCCUUUGGAGGAAGUUUGCUGUUAUUUCAUGACCUUACUCUCAAGGCCAAACACAGACAAGGUCUCCCCCCCUCCCCCCCACUCCCCCCCCACUCCCCUCAAACUAUUUGUUUCAGCUAAACAAGAAAAAAGCAGACCAGGUUCUGUGGCGCAUUUCCCCUACAAUUGAUUUUCUGAUCAAUAUUCCAGUGAGAUUUUAAUGAGGUCUAAGCUGUAAACCUAUAUUGUAUUUUUUAAUUGGAAUGGUUCAUGUUUUGUCAAAAGUUGAAAAUUACAUCCAUGAAUGUUUCAAAAUAUGUAGAUAUUGACUUGGAUAUUUUCUUCAUCUGGCUAGCCUUAAAAAUUAUUAUUUUGCAAUAAGGGUAAAUUAAAAUUAAAAUGUAUCACCUUUUUUAUUAUUAAUUUCUGUUCUAAUAAUAUCCACAUAUGACUAAUUUAUUUUUUAGUAAUAUUAAUAUGCACCAAAAUUAUUUGUUUUGACAAAGUAUUUAUUAUAAAAUGUAGAUCAGAGAUUAAAGGCAUAAUUUAUAUGAGCAAAUUUUAGGCAGUCUCAGAAAUAAACUCAAAAUUUAUAAUAAUGGAUAAAUAUUUCAGCCCAUUAGGAUUAUCAACAGCCUCACCUCCAGCUUGUUAUCUGAAGGAAACCUUGAAACAUGCCCCCCCCCCCCUUUUAGUUAAGAGACAUUUUGAUUCACAUUUUUUCAUUCCCUCUUUUUGGAGUUGUUGUAAGACUUCAGUUGAAAUGCGCCAUAAAAGCCUUUAAACUUUGGGUUGUCAGACGGGCAGUUGCAAGAGGCACUCACACAUAUUUCAAAGUAAAAAAAUAAACAUAAUGGAAAAUUUUCUUAAAUUUUUUUAAAUGAAUUUGGGGUGUUUGAGGGAUUUAGUACUUUCAUGGUGGAAGGUGCUCGCUGAUUAGGGUGAUCAGCACUGUAGCUGUCUGCGGUACGCCCAUUUUCUGUGUUUCUGUUGGUUCACCUCACGGUGUAACAUUAGUUUAUUAACCCUUCAUCGCCCUCAUUGGAAGCGUGUGUGUGUGACCCAGUUGUUUACAUUUUAUAUGUAUUGUAGCGCAAGCUUCUACCUUUUUUUAAAUAAACAAAACAUGUAAACAUGUAUAAACUGUCCAUGUAAUUAUAACCCAUGAGUAUUUUCAACUAUGCACACAAGAUAAAUCUUGUGGUUAACACACUUGAUAUAGACUCUGGUGGUUAACACACUUGAUAUAGACUCUGGUGGUUAACACACUUGAUAUAGACUCUGGUGGUUAACACACUUGAUAUAGACUCUGGUGGUUAACACACUUGAUAUAGACUCUGGUGGUUAAAACACUUGAUAUAGACGUCUAUAGUAUGCACUUAGUGGAAUAUUGUGGUGAUGGGGAGAAAGAUGAAAGCUGUUUUACUGACUGGAUUCAUUCAAUUCUAAAUGAUAAUUUUUAAAAUGUGAAUUUUACAAAAAUGGUGUUACGGUCUGAUGUUUGGGCAGUUGGGGCCUCCUUGUUUGUUCUCAGCACACUCCUGCAACCUUGGAUGUUGGUUAAGGGCAGGCUUAUUUCACUGUUGUGUUGGUGCUGGUUGUGUGGACAUGAGGAUGACCUUCAAAUAUCUUCUUUCCUCCCAGCCAUUUGUUUGUUUACUAGGCUGGACCAGGAGAUCGCCACCACCAAAAAAAUCAGCUGGCCUUCAGGAGCGAUGUUAACAUUUGGACGUUGUAUAUUUAGAAAGUUGACAGAUCUGUGUCCUCUCAGGGGCUUGGCGGGCAUAAAGCCUCUGUGCCAUUAACAGUUUUAACUUUGCUAAUGAAAUCCUUGGUCAACAUUUUGCUUGCCUUAAAGUGAAAAAAACCCAAAAUGAAGCAUGGUGUGACGCAGGGGGGCAAUAGAAAACUGAAGUUUCCAAUCCAGUCUACUUCAUUGUUCAGUUGUGCUUUGGAGUAGCAAGUCUUGUAGUUUGUGCUGUGAUUAAGUUUUAUAUUUGGAAGGAAGGGACUUGUUCGAAAAUGUUUCCAGAUUAUAAUUAUGAGGUUUGUGUCAAAUCUGAGUUGUAAAUUAAGUGACGAGGGAGCCUUUUAAGCCUAUUUAAUUCACCUUGUUAAAAUUAUUUGUAUUUUGUAUGUAAAAAAAGUUGUUAUGCUAUUUACUAUGAUUUCUAUUCAACUCAAUUUUGAGUUGUGUAUGAUUACCAUAAAUGAAAUCAGUUAGCAUGAGGUUUGAAUUGAGCAAUUGUUUCUCGUCUUGAUUACAAGAAUUUUUUUGGUGCAUUCAGUUUUGAUAGGUUUUAGUUUUAAAUAUUCAAAAAAAGUAUUCAUAUUAUAGGAUCUAGUUGUAAAUAUUCAACAAAGUAGUCAUCAGAAUCAUGAGAAGAGAAAUUUUUUGAAAUAAAUCUGCUGUUCUUGUUAUUCUGAAAAGGAACUAAACCUCAGUGCUCCCAUAUUUAAUUAAAACCAAGGAUAAUCAGCAAAUUAAAACCGUAGCUAAGAAUCAAUUUUAAUUAUUUUUUUGUUAAUACGUUGACAACACUUAUGGUAAUAUGAUUUUAAAAAUAGUGCAGCUAGUGACUACUUUUUAUGAGUUCAUAAACCCCAACCAGUCCUUUGACCACAUAGUUUUUAGCCCAUUGCAUAGAAGAUAAAAAUUUAAAAAAAUGAUUCUUAAAAAAUUUGGCCCUAAAUUAUCAAAUGCUCACUACCAUUUAAAGAAUCUAAGAUUAAUUGGUCCUUCUUUCUAUUGUCCAUCAGUCUAAUGAUGCAUCUUUCUAUAAUUAAUUUGAUUUUAUCCUUUAUUUGAACUUCCCAAAUAAUUUUUUUUUAAAAAUUACUCUGUGUCUAAAAAUAUAUAAUGCAGACCUAAUAGUAAUAAGUGUAACUACAAUUGUUAAGUUUUGUUAUUGUUGUUCACAGAUGACAGCUGCUGUUUCCCCAUACACACCUGGACAGAGGUAUAACUUGAGCAUGGACGUUGGGCCGGAGGAGGCCUCACAUCCGUCCACGGCAGGACUAUUCCAAGAUUUAAAGCUGAAGAGGAAAAGAGUGAGAGACAUUUUAAAUGAAUCAGAUGCCAUCUUACCUGGUCAGCUGGUGUUCACAAAACUACCAGAGUGUGACCAGCAGAGUAAUCUAAGUCCAGGAAGUGCUGACAGCGCAUAUGUAUCAGACAGGACUUCUGACUUGGAUUCAGGUCCACCCAUGAAGAAAUCACGCCAAGCUGUUAAUGAAGAGGAAGAGGAAACCAGGGAAAAGUACAUUAAGGCAGAUGUCCAUAGUGCCAUAGGGUCACCACAGCAACCUUCUCCUGCAGCUGUGGUAUCUUUGUCCAAAUGCUCAUCAUCGCUGUCAACAUCUUUGACAAUAACAUCCUCACCGUCCUCUUCAAUAACUUCAGUAUCACAAUCUAAUAACCAGGACCUAAAAUCUGUCACAUCCGUCUCCACCCCACCUCACUCUUGUAAAUCGGGGUCACCUACGUCCAACCCAAUGAUUCUCAGCUGCCCACAAGGCUACCUCAUGCAGCUGGCCGGUGGAUUCACUGCCCAUCCCAACGGGGGCAUGAAGCUGAUUCCCAUGAUGGCUAUUUCUACGGCAGGAGUCUUUCAAUCCGUUUCCACACCUAUGUUCAUAACGACAACUGCCAAUGGGUACUUUGUUUCAGGGACAAGCAAUUCACCAUUUACCUGCAGUCCUUCGUUGAUAACCUACCCGACUCUUGAUGGGCCCAAAACCGUCAAUGCUGAAGAUGUUCUUAAAUUGGACAAGCCCCAGAUAGCAAUCCCCAACGGCUCUGGCUACACAACGUUAAACAUGCCCAGCCCAAAGUUCAAGCACCCCAAAAAGGAGGAGAGCCGGUUAGAGAAAGACACCGAGUUUAUUUCUCACUACACCAACGGAGCUUUUGUGUAUCGUGGGCAUUUAGCGGAGAAUCCCCACAACUUGAAAUCCCGUGACGGCACUUCGUUUGCAGAAAAUGUCAAAUGCGAAGAUUCUGAUGGUGAGGAACCGCUAGUUUGUGCAAUUUGCAAUGACAGGGCCACUGGUCUACACUAUGGCAUUAUCACAUGUGAAGGGUGAGCUUAUUUCAGCUGUUUAAAUUUAAAUGGAUUUUAAAUGUUUAUCCUAUAACAUGUCACUGCAUUCAUAUAAAAUGUCCUGGUUGAACAUUUAAAAAGAAAAAAAGAAUUAUUAUUUAUCCAUAUCUUUGUGAGAAUUUUUGCAGAUGUGAUAAUGUUUUAGCUAAAUAUAUAUAAUGCUUCUAAUAUAAUGCAUUAGUCCAAGUACUUGAGGAUUCAAUUUGUAUCAUGUAAUUUUCACUCUGUGCAGAGGUAUUUUAAUUGUGUGCCCUGUUAUAUUUGGCUCUCCCCAUUUAUUUCAAGUAAAUCAAGUUCCACAUGGGAAGAUAGAGAUAAUUUCUUUUUUGGAAUAGGUAAAAAUUGUAGGGAACAUUCUAUUGCUUUUUAAAAAAAAAUCCUUUCAUAAAUUCCAUAUCCUCUCCUAUCUGGCAUUGAACUGUCACUUUACAAGGCUUUAAACGUCACAGCAGUGAACAAUGCUUAACAUCAUGUAAAAAAAAAAUGCAGACAUUUCUCCUUGAAGUUUGUUAUUGAUCUUUUUAGCUGGGGUGGGGGGUGGACUAGAUCACGCCAAGCUCAGAAAAAAGAAUUUGAAAAGAUAAUAUCAUGAAUUGUUUCACAAGGAAUAAAAAAAUUACCAAAUGGGUUUGCAAAUUAUUGGUUAAAAUAAAGAGUCAUGUACUACUUCUCUUGUUUGGCCCUGGCAUCAGUCAUCAAACAACUGAAUUGAGCGAGCCAGCCUUGCACAAUUUGCUGCUUAGCCUCUUCAGCUACGAUAAACUUAUAAAAAAACAACUUCUUUUCUGCAGGUGUAAGGGAUUUUUUAAGAGGACCGUCCAGAACAAGAGAGUCUACACCUGUGUUGCAGAGGGCAACUGUGAAAUCAACAAGGCCCAGCGUAACCGGUGCCAAUACUGCAGAUUCAAAAAGUGCCUCAAAAUGGG